CCGUAGCAAUUUUGGCUCAAGCCGUUUUCGCUCCAAGGAGUGGACCUCGCAGAUCUCGAGAAGGCCGCCGCGGCCAGCCCAUGGAUGCUGGGACGCCACCGUGGCGGGCCACUGGGCGCGGGCUGCGGCGCGGGCUCGCACGGGCGACCCGGAGGUUGGGACCAGACGGCGAGAUCGAUGGUUGGACGCUCUCGUUCGCGGACCCGCGGGUGGAGAGCGGUUUCCUGAGUAGCAGCCGCGAGCAGUUGCGGUCGUCUUUUCGGCGCGUGGUCGUCGUCAUUUUAUGCGGUGCGGCUUCUGCGGUGCACUUCCAUACGUCCGGUGUCGCGGAGCACGGGAACCAGAUGCAGGAAGCAUCUUUUUUGAAGAUGUUGCAGGUGGCUCUGCAGGUUGCGUGCUACAGCGUUGAACUGUCGGUGCUGCUCGCAGCCAUCGCAUUGUCGGGCCACGGCCUGAUAAGAACACGUGGCAUGGAAGCUUGGGCUGUUGUUGUUAUAAUAGUGUCCGAGGUUCACACAUGCAUCAACAUAAGACAUUACCUUGCACGGGCGUUCGGCUACGAAGAUCCGAGUGCUGUGUAUGGGGUGGACCUUUCCGGCACAGACGCCCCGUUCUUGUUGGGACUCAUUUUGUGUGUCGCAGGGGCAGGCGUGAUGGUCAGAUGGAAGUUGUUUGUGCCCAUUGCAUUGGCAUCCGUGCUCGGGUAUGCGGCCGCAGCCUACCUCCUCGGCAGCCCAGACAUGACGAUGGUAACCACUAACCUGCUCUUCUUCACCUGCAUCGUGCUGGUGAUGUGCAGCGGGAAGCGGAGCUCCGAGAUCCAGGCCCGCCUGCUCCACCUGUCGUAUCUGAGGGAGAAGGGCAUGCGCGUCCAGGCCGAGUUCUCCCUGGAGUGCCUGCAGGACCGCGCGGACCUCGUGGCGGAGCUGGGCAGCUCCUUCGCGGCGGCCUCGUCGCAUGUGCCCGGCGGCGCCGCUGCGCCGCUCCGCCCGGGCUCCCCGCGCUACGCCUCCAGCGAGCCCGCCGUCUCGGAGGCCGCGCGGCCCGGCCAGGGCGCCGUCUCGCAGGGGCCGGGCGGCCUACCGCUGGAGGCCAGCGUGUGGGUCGAGGGCCAGGCUGGCUCCUGCCUGCUCCGGGACCUCGGGCAAGGUCAGCGGGUGCUGUGCUACGACACGCUGGGGCGGUCGAUCAGAUACGCCCAGGUACUCGAGAUGCACGUCAAGUUCCUGGCCGCUGCGUGGAUCAACGUCGGCCUCGACGACGGAACGCAGCUGGCGAUGACUGCGGACCAACCAGUGCAGCCUGCAGACCGGAGAGAGGUGGUUCGGGCUGCGGACUUGUCCCCAGGAGUCGAUCGCGUGGUGGUGCACAGGGUGGCGACGGCGCCCGUCGCUGUCAAGGAGGUGUCGCGGCAGCCAGAGGCGGGGAGCGCGCUCGGCUGGGCGCACCUGGCGGUGCAGCAGCCCGAGCGGCACAUGGUCCUGGUCGCGGGGCCAGGGGCGGGGUCGCCGCAGGACGCGAGGUCGAUGGCGGUGUACUCCGCGGGCCUGGGCGCCGGCCCGCACGGCCGCGCUGCCCCGGAGCAGGACGCGAGCCCACGGAUGGCCCGAGCGCGGUCGGUGCCGCCCCAGUGUUAGCCACGGCGUCGGCCGAGGGCCGGCGGUCAGAGCAGGGAAAGGUGCCUAUGCCGAAGCCCGUUUUUCUCGGGGCCGACGGUUCGAAUUGCUCGUUCGGGCUUCCCGCGUGGGUACCCACUUGGAGCUGUUUUGGGCGGCGUGCUGAUGGCAGACGCUUCCGUGCACAUUUUCACCCACUGCUCACGCGUUGUGGCCGGCACAAGGCUUCUGGACUGUCAUUUUUCCAGUGCCCCGUUAGACGACAUCGGUGUCCACAUCUUAGUUUUUUGGUGCGGGUCGACUUGGGCUGCGCGGCCGACGCGAGGCUGCAUUUAACUCCCGUUUCUGCGUCCGCCUGCGCGGUGGGUCGCCCUGUAUCGGCGCCCGUGCGCAUUCACGCCAUAUUUACUUCCUCGACCGGCGUCGAGUGUUGCUUGUUGUAUUUGCUAUCCCGGGCAGCCCAGCCCGCCUCGCUAUGAUACGACCCCUGGGUAUUUCGUAUCAUUGUAGUCUUCGAAGCUCCGCCACAGGAGGGGCAAACAUUUACACUGAUAGGCAUGCGGGAUAGUCUGUUCCCGCUUCUUCUCCUCUUCCUCCUCCCCCUUCUCUUCCCCCGCCUGUGUCUCGUUGCUUGAUGCUGUCCUAGUCAUCUGGUUGUUCACCCCACAUCGCUGCAACAAAUGUGGCUGUUUUCCCGUCUGGUUUGCACGACCUGCCGGCGGAAACCGUGACAGGCGCUGCUUUGCAACCAUCUCCUGCUCGUGUGGGACAUUUGUGCGAGUACCCCAGGCUAUGCCCUGGCUGGUCUACGCAUUCGCGAGCUGGAUUGUUUUCUUUCUUCCCUUCCUCGUCCUCCUCCUCUCUCCUCCUCCUCCUCCUCCUCCUCCUCUCCCCCCCUCAGACAAAUGCACCGAGGAGGUUGCAUUUGAGUCGCGAAUUAUUCCUCAUCUGUAGUGCCACCCGUGUGCUGCUGUUCCCUGCUUUGAACGGGGGUCCAGGGGCAUGGAGUGCCCGGCAUGGUGCAACAAGGAGGUUGCAUUAGAGGCGCGUUCUAUUCCUCAUAUGUAGUGCCACCCGUGUUCUGUUGCACCCUGCUUUGAAAGGGGUCCAGGGGCAUGGAGUGCUCGAUAUGGUUCAAAAAAAAGCGUGUCUGCGCCCGCUACGGUGAGCGUGUAGCUCCAGACCGGCAAGUGUUCCAUCACGGAUUGGCAUCCGUGCGGCUAGCGAGUAUCUUCAUGCAUGCCCGCAAUUGCAUUAUGUUCCGCGGUCUCCUCCCUCCUUCUACCAACAGCGCGCUGGCAGUGUCAGCGUUCACAUUCGUCGCCGUGCUCGAGCUCGAAGCACCAGCUCAAGGCGCACAUCUUUGCGAGAAUGAGGCGAUCAUUGCGAGAUGAAUGCGUAAUUACGGCCCGCGCCUCGUGUCCGCGCUUGGUCUCUUGAAUCAGACACUUGAGUGGCACAUUGUUAGUUUCCGCUUGGCAUUUUUUUAAUGAUUUUAAGAGGUGGCAGUUGUUCUACAUUUGACAGGGCGACGAUGGCAGAGCGGACAUGAGUUAUGCAGGCACACACUCUCUGAGAGUGUGUGGGCCGUCCAGCUCAGUAGACGCCCGGAUUGUUUCAGGAUGGCCUGUGGGGGCAACGUCGAGGCCCGACCCAGCUUUUCACGAGCGUUAUGCAGGCACGCACUCUCUGAGAGUUUGUGGGCCGUCCAGCUCAGUAGACGCCUGGAAUGUUUCAGGAUGGACUGGGGGCAACGUCGAGGUCCGACCCAGCUCCUCACGAGCUAUGACCUGUCACUGCCCAUACAGGCAAAGUACAAAAAAGGCCCAGUGAUACAAGAUGGGCCAGGAGAGUGAGCGAAGCGAU